UCCGCUGAGUUAAAUUCUUUUAUAAAGCAUCGAGAAUGCUUUCUAUAUUAUUUUUAGCGGGAAUUUCGUUGUUCAUUUGGUUGUGUCUUGUACAUUAUAAGAUCCAUACAUACUUUAGAUAUAAGAAUGUACCGUUUAUACCUCCAUGUUCUUUAUUCGGUAACAUUAAGAACCUGAUGCUGUAUCGUUGCUGUUUUGGAGAACAAUUUUACCAGCUCUAUAAUCAUGAUACGAAAAAGGAUGAAUCAAUUGUUGGUAUUCAUGUAUUGCACAAUCAAGCAAUACUGCUCCGUUCAUCAAAGCUAAUAAAACAAAUUCUAAUCAGCGAUUUCAGUGCAUUCGCUAAUCGCUUUGAGACGACCGAUAUCGAUGGCGACACAAUGGGUUCUUUGAAUUUAUUUUUUGCAAAAUAUGAUGUUUGGAAAGAUAUCCACAAAAUAUUUUCACCACUAUUUUCACAUGGAAGAGUGAAGUUAAUGUUUCCAAAUUUACUAAAGAUUGGCAGAAAUCUUGAAAGUAUGCUAUGCGAAGAAAAUUUUAAUGAAAUAGAUAAUUCAGUUAUUUUGGAAAUGAAAGAGUUAUGUGCUCGUUUCACCACCGAUACCAUUGCAUCACUUGCUUUUGGUAUAGAAUCGAAGUGUUUGGAGGGUGGAGAUAUUUCUGGUCUACGAGGGAUGUGUAAAGAAGUGAAUGAACCACACCUGAAACGUGUUCUACAUCUUUUCGUUAUGUUUUUCUUUCCACGUUUUGCGAAAAUAUUGCGCACUCGUCUCUAUUCAAGGCAAUAUGAGCAUUUUAUGCGGAAUCUGGUGGAAUAUGUGAUGGAACAUCGGAAAAAUGGAGGUGAAGUUCGCAACGACUUAAUAGAUAUUUUCUUACAAUUACAAUGCAAUGAAUUGAAUCAUAAAGAAAGUGUUGUGAAUAAAAAAGAUUUCUUCGCAGCACAGGCAGCAUUUUUACUACUAGCUGGUUUUGAUACUUCUUCAUCGACCAUUAGUUUUACACUAUAUGAGUUGGCUAAGAAACCCAUCUGUCAAAUUCGUUUACGCAAAGAAAUUACAGAGAUGUUACAUGAUUCCAACAAUAGUCCCACAUAUGACAGUAUUAAUCAAAUGCCUUAUUUGCGCAUGGUCGUAGAUGAAGUAUUGCGUCUAUAUCCACCAACAGCAUUCUUAGAUCGUUGUUGUACUGCUGAAAAAGGUUAUUCGUUGGCACCAUAUUCUAACUUUACAAUACCUAAGGGUAUGCCAAUAUAUAUUUCGGUGUUAGGACUGCAUAGAGAUGAGAAGUUCUGGCCAAAACCAAAUGAGUUCAUGCCAGAACGUUUCUCUGAUGAAAACCGUCAUAAAAUCACAUCAAUGUCGUAUCUUCCGUUUGGAAAUGGACCACGUGGCUGUAUUGGCUCAAUUUUAGGCCUGAUGCAAGUAAAAAUUGGAUUGAUUUAUAUAUUAAAAAACUAUUACAUUACACCAUGUAAGAAAACAGCACCAGAAAUGUGUUUUGAUCCAAAGACAUUUGUCUUGACAGCGAAUCAGGGAACAUACUUGCGCUUUGUUAAGGAUCCUCUUAUAGAAAAUCACUAAAAUUAAUUAUUUAUUUAAUUAUUUAUUUAUAUUAAUUAAAUUUUCAU